AUGAUUAUCCCUGUGCGCUGUUUCUCUUGCGGGAAGGUUGUCGGCGACCUCUGGGAACGGUAUUUGCAGUUGCUAGACGAUGGUGUCCCGGAUGGUGAUGCGAUGGAUCAGCUCGGCUGCCGGCGUUAUUGCUGCCGACGAAUGGUCAUGACUCACGUGGAUCUGAUCGAAAAGCUCCUUCGAUACAACUCUGCUGAAAAGGAUCGAUCUAAGGCUCAGGCAUAG